UUGCUAGAGCAAACAAAUUUAAUAGUGCCGCUAAAAGCAGACGUCUACAACUCUCUCUUAAAUUACAAUUAUUCCCCUGGUAUUUUUAUAGAACAAAAAUGAUUUGCUUGUUUGUUCUUUCUAAAAGUUAGAGCUUCUGUUAUUUAUAGUUUAGAUCUAUCAAUUUUAGUAGUGUAUAUUUUCUGAAACCAAAAAAAUUACACAAACCCCAAAACUAGAAUCCGAUACACUGGACUCUUCAACAAAAAUACCUGUGUGAUGUUGGUUUGCCUUUGAAUCUCCAUUCGUCAACACCCUUUAAUUGGCUGAUCGGGUUCGUUGGCUACGUGCUGCUGGAGACUAGUUUUCUCUACAAUUGGAAAUACUCAAAUUUGUGCAAUCAAGCAGUACCAUUCUGGGAGAAUUCAACGUUUCUAUUUGGGUUUGAUUUGGACUUUCAAUUCUUCUACCCGGUUCACUUCUGUGAAUUAUGGAACUAUAAUUCGGAAUUGAAACUUGAUUGUGGUGAUCUAUAUUUCUCGGUUUUUAGUAAUGUCAGUGCAAUGCUACAAUCACGUGAGAAAGAUCUGUUUUUGUUAUUGGAAGAAAAGUGUAGAGGAAAAAAUCUCAAUGCUUAUAGCUGUUGUAGGGACUAAUGGCAACGUAUAUAAAGUUUAUAUUUUAUGAUACUGGUUUUGGCUCUUCUUGGAUAUUUAUGUAAAAGGGAUUGGUUAUUUAGUCCACUUCUCAAAUUGUGAAAGAGUGUAGCAAAAUUUUGACAUGAGAACCUCCUGGUUCAAUAAACUUUCGGUCAUUUUUGGGCCUAGACCCCCUCUCAGUUGGGUGUUAUUAUGCCUUAUUAGUAUUGUUGCGCUUGUUGCCGUCCUAGGAUCAUCAUCUUUGAAUACCUUUGACUCUGUAACUUCAACUCAAAAACCUGAUAUAUAUACAAACUUUCGGAGGCUAAAGGAGCAAGCUGCAGUUGAUUACUUGCAGCUGAGAACACUCUCACUGGGUGUGAGUCGGCCGAAGGAGUAUGACUAUUGUGGCAAAGAGAGAGAAAAUUUGGUACCGUGUUACAAUGUUUCAGCAAAUUUUUUGGCUGGAUUUCGAAUGGGGGAGGAGUUUGAUCGGCAUUGUGAAAUUUCUAGACUAGGAGACCGGUGCUUGGUACGCCCUCCAAAGGAUUAUAAGAUCCCCUUAAGGUGGCCUGCUGGCAGGGAUGUGAUAUGGAGUGGAAAUGUGAAAAUCACAAAGGGCCAAUUUCUUUCCUCGGGAAGUAUGACUAAAAGAUUGAUGUUACUGGAAGAGAAUCAAAUCACAUUUCAUUCUGAGGAUGGAUCAAUUUUUGAUGGUGUCAAAGAUUACUCUCGCCAAGUCGCUGAAAUGAUAGGGUUGGGAAGCGACUCCGAUUUUCUUCAAGCUGGUGUUCACACUGUACUGGAUAUUGGCUGUGGAUUUGGAAGCUUUGCAGCUCAUUUAGUGUCAUUGAAUCUAAUGGCUAUUUGUGUUGCGGCAUAUGAAGCCACUGGCAGUCAAGUCCAAUUGGCCCUUGAAAGAGGUCUUCCGGCUAUGAUUGGGAACUUCAUCUCAAGACAACUUCCAUACCCAUCAUUGUCAUUUGACAUGGUUCAUUGUGCUCAGUGUGGUAUCAAUUGGGACCAAAAAGAUGGAAUGUUCCUUAUAGAAGUGGAUCGAUUACUUAAGCCUGGAGGUUACUUUGUUUUAACCUCACCUGCAACCAAGCCACGUGGAAGUUCAUUGAGUAUGAAGAAGAGAAGCAUGCUAAAACCGAUACAACAAUUUGCUGAAAAAAUCUGCUGGACUCUGAUGGCCCAGCAAGAUGAGACAUUCAUUUGGCAGAAGACUCUGGAUUCUCAUUGCCAUUUAUCUAGAAACCAGGCUAUACCACUUUGCAACCAAGGACCUGAUGCUGUAAAAUACUAUCAGCCCCUUGUGCCAUGUGUUAGUGGGACAACCAGCAAGCGCUGGAUUUCCAUUCAGAAGAGAUCUGCUGGUUCCCAGUUGACCUCAGCCGAGCUUGAAGUUCAUGGUGUUAAGCCCGAAGAUUUCAGUGAAGACUUGCAGGUCUGGAGGACGGCUCUGAAAAAUUAUUGGUCUUUGCUUACACCCUUGAUCUUCUCUGACCAUCCUAAGAGGCCUGGUGAUGAAGAUCCAUUACCUCCAUUUAACAUGAUCCGCAAUGUAAUGGACAUGAAUGCUCAAUAUGGAGGUUUAAAUGCUGCAUUUCAGGAGGAGAAAAAAUCUGUGUGGGUGAUGAAUGUUGUGCCUGUUACAGCUCUAGAUACACUUCCUCUCAUUCUUGAUAGAGGUUUUGCUGGUGCUUUGCACGAUUGGUGUGAACCCUUCCCAACAUACCCCCGAACAUAUGACAUGAUUCAUGCAAAUGGGCUCCUCUCCCACCUCUCUGAAAAAGUUUUAUCAGAAAGGUGUGACAUGAUGGACUUGUUUUUGGAGAUGGACCGGAUACUACGACCUGAGGGAUGGGUGGUUCUUUCUGAUAACUUGGGAGCUAUAGAGAUGGCACGCUCACUUGCUACACAGAUACGCUGGGAAGCAAGGGUGAUCGACCUGCAGAAUGGUAGUGACCAGCGGCUACUUGUUUGUCAAAAGCCUUUUGUGAAAAAAUGAUUGAUUAGCAGGAGGAGGUCUCGCCAUACAACAUGUACACAUUUUUGGCUCUGGUAAUCGGUCCAGAAGAGUAUGGAGUAUCAACUGUAGGCAAUAACGGCUUUAUUUGCUUGUUGUUAUUGCCAGAGCAUGAAUCUUCGACUGCUUCACCAUCUGUUAGCACAUGCCUUGGCUGUUGACAUAGGUCAUUGCAACAACUGAAGCUGUAGAUUAGAAAGAAGGUUUUCUGCACAACACAAAGCUGCCAACAUUCAUUUUAUUUUUUUGUCAAUGCGUUUGUAGCAAUUCAUUCAUCUAAUUGAUUUGACAUCUUUCUUGUUUCUUGAUUUCUUUAUUUUUCUGAUAGUGGACAGAAGAACUGUAUUGAACAAUCACUACUGUUAAAAACACAAGUGGCCACGGAAUGUCAUAGCUACAUUUAUUGUAA